AAUUCUCCUAAUGUGAAUUAUAUGUUUGUUUUUUUCAUUUCUAUCUGGGUUACACUGAUGGAUGUCCAACAUUGGGCUCUGCUGGGCUGGACGAGCGAAGGCCGGAAGCUUAAGGAACGUUAGUGGAAGUUUUCUUUUGGAGUGAAAAGGUGAAAAAUGUUAAGAAACCCAUGUUUUAACAGCACUGUAUGAAGCUUCAGUUCUCUUCACAAUGUCGCCACCACGGGAUAAUUCAUCACGACAUCAGACUCUCUAAAAAGAACGAGUGGCAGCGGACUAAAGAUGUCUGACCUCAGCCAAGUUGCAGUGUACUCAGACUCUUCAGAUAUUUACAAGAAUGUGUUUUGCAACCCUGCCUUUGAGCUGGAGGGGGAGCGAGAGGAGAGGGUGGAGGGAUUCAGGACGUCAUCAUCCACCCCUGAACCAAUCAAACCACCAACAACAAACCUGGCCUGGGGUGUGUUCGGUGUGUGUGCGAUGCGUCUGCGGGGCCCUGGUUGUGGAUGGGGUGUUGUGGUGAUCUCUGCCGCUGCCCUGCUCCUGUUGACAGCUAUCGGACUGGCACUGGCCCUCAUCCUCACACAGAUAAAAGGCCAGGAAGUGGAAGAUCAGAUGUUGUCCACCAGCCCUCCAGACCUGCAGAGUGCCGGAGAUGGAGCGUCUACGUUACCCACAAUGCCUGCUAACAGAAGUCAAAUGGACAUCACAGCUUCACCCCAUCCUGCUAGGAUCCCACCAUCAGAAAAACGUUGUGGAGGAGUUUUAACUGACUCAGAGGGAAGCUUCAGUUCUCCAAACCACCCCGGCUCCUACCCUCCAAACCUGCUGUGUCUGUGGGUGAUCCGAGUCCCACCCCCCUCCCUGGUCCAGAUCCAUGUUUCCUCUCUGACCAUAGAGGGGCCUUCUCCCUGUCUGUUCGACUGGCUCGAGGUGCAAGAGCAGAGGGAGCAGAGCUCUGUGGUUACCAGGUUCUGUGGUAACGUAGCACCGCCAACAGUCAACACAAACAGCAGCGCGGUGUGGGUCACCUUCCGCUCUGAUGGCAGCAUCACAGGCAGCGGCUUCACGGCGCAGUACAGGGCCAUACUGCCUGGACACAAGAGCUGCUCCAGAGAAGAGUUCAUGUGUGACGGUGGUCGCUGUCUGCUGCCUGUGUCUGUGUGUGACGGUCAUCCAAACUGCCAGGACCAAUCAGACGAGGCGAACUGCAGCCAUAAACACAAAGAAUGCGGCGGGCAGAAGACCGAGCCACAAGGCUACCUGUCAAGUCCAAACCACCCCAAGCCUUAUCCUCACCAGCAGUUUUGCAUAUGGUACAUAUCCGUCGAGGAGGGGAACGUCAUCACACUGAGCUUCAGGAACUUCAGCCUGGAGACUCAGGAUGUGUGCGAGUUUGAUUAUGUGGAGGUGCACGACAGCGCCGAUCCCGGAGCUGGAAGAGUCCUGGGAAGGUUUUGUGGUAACACCUUCCCUCCUGAGCUGACCUCCUCUGGGCCCCACAUGACAGUGCUGUUUGUGGCUGAUGAGGGAGUGGCAGACAGCGGCUUCAAUGCAACAUACCAGGCUGUGUCUGUGCUGGACAGGACGUGUGGUCCCAGCCAGUUUGCCUGCAGUACGGGGGAGUGUCUUCAGCAGCAGUGGUUAUGUGAUGGAUGGAACGACUGCCCUGACGGAGCAGAUGAACAGGACUGCAGCAACUCCACCUACCCUCUGUUCACUUCUUCGUGCGAGUCGAUAGAGGUGGAGAUGUGUCAAGGCCUCAGCUACAACCUCACCUCAUUCCCAAACAUCUGGCUAUCUAUUGCUGACCAGAAGGAAGCUGCCACACUCCUGCGAGCAUACCAGGUGCUGAUGGAGCUGGCUUGUUUCGAGCCCUUGCGGACGCUGGUGUGCGGGAUGUUUCUGCCCCAGUGCAGCCCUCAGGGCGGCGUCCUCCAACCGUGCCGCUCUGUCUGCUCCUCGGCUCAGCAGCAAUGUAGCCACGCGCUGGAUCUCUUCUCCUUCAGCUGGCCCUUCAACUGUCACCUCCUGCCCGACUCACAGGACCCCAUGGAGUGCUCGCUGCCUUAGUGUCAGAUGAUCAUCCACAACCUGGUCCAGUUUGAUGACACACCAUAUGCAGAAGUGAUGAGGACCUGAAGACCUGCAUUUGGAGGGACUGGUCUUUACCAAUAGAUCCAGAGCAUUUAAGACUUGUUGUGUGAAAGCCUAACUGCAACCCUCCCCUAAAAAUCCUUCAGUGCAUGUAUUAAAUGGUUUACAGUAUGUGUAGCUAUUUUACUAGAACAUCUUGAAGAUACAGGAAGAUGAGAAGAUUUAUUUCAGUUAGAUUCAGAAACCAGCAAAAAUAUUUCCUCACUAUUUAUU